GCUGCCUUCCACUAAAGCGAUAAGGAAUGGCGCUUAAUAAAUCCAUGCAUCCAAGAAAUCGCUACAAAGACAAACCUCCAGACUUUGCCUACUUGGCCUCCAAGUAUCCUGAAUUUAAGCAACAUGUGAAUGUGAAUUUAGCAGGAAGGGUGAGCUUGAACUUCAAGGACCCUUGUGCUGUCAGAGCCUUGACUUGCACCCUCCUAAGAGAGGAUUUUGGACUUACUAUAGAUAUACCGUUGGAGAGACUUAUUCCUACUGUUCCACUGCGACUUAAUUACAUUCACUGGGUGGAAGAUUUGAUAAACUACCAUGAUUCUGACAAAACUGCCCUCAGACGUGGGAUUGAUAUAGGUACAGGCGCAUCAUGCAUUUAUCCAUUGCUUGGGGCAACUCUCAACGGCUGGUAUUUUCUUGCUACAGAAGUGGAUGACAUCUGCUAUAAUUAUGCCAAGAAAAAUGUGGAGCAAAAUAAUCUGUCAGACCUCAUAAAAGUGGUUAAGGUGCCCCAGAAAACUUUGUUGAUGGAUGCACUGAAAGAAGAAUCUGAAAUCAUUUAUGAUUUUUGCAUGUGCAACCCUCCAUUUUUUGCGAACCAGUUGGAAGCCCAGGGAGUUAACUCUCGCAACCCUCACCGGCCUCCCCCGAGCUCGGUCAACACUGGAGGCAUUACAGAGAUUAUGGCUGAGGGGGGAGAGUUGGAGUUUGUCAAGCGGAUCAUCCAUGAUAGCCUUAAACUUAAGAAAAGAUUGAGAUGGUACAGUUGCAUGCUGGGGAAGAAGUGCAGUUUGGCUCCCUUGAAGGAGGAAUUGCGAAAACAAGGGGUUCCAAGAGUUGCACACACAGAGUUUUACCAGGGACGCACAAUGCGUUGGGCUUUGGCCUGGAGUUUCUAUGAAGAGGUUAUCAUUCCUAAUCCUCCGAAAAAAAGAAAGCUGGAAAAACCCCGAAAACCAAUGGUGUUCACAGUGCUGGAAUCAGUUAUUAAACUGUUAGUGGAAAAGUUGCCGAGUGGCUCUGAGGUCCCAGAAAGCAUCACGGUGGUUACAGACUGCAUAAAGAAAAUACUUACAGAUUUGAAGGUUCAGCAUAAAGAUGUCCCAUGUGGGAGGGGUGAAGAGAGUCUGUUCCUAACAGCAGUUGAAAACUCAUGGAUUCACAUUCGUAGGAAGAGAAGGGACAGGACAAGGCAGCUAAGAGAGCUUCCCCGUGCCCCGGAUGAUUUCCUACAGUCAAACAAGCCAGAAAGUGCGCUGCAUAAGGAGUCUCCAAAACAAGGGCUAAACUCUGGUGAUCCAGCAGCCGCACAAGAGAGUGAGUCCAUUACCCAGAGUGAGACUUGUGUGCCACAUACAUCAUCCAGUCCUGCCAGUACCACUCUUUCUCACUCUGAACCUAUGGAAGAUGAAGGUGAAUCUUCCAAACCAGAUGAGGUCCAUAAUAUUGAUGAAGAGGAACAGGACUUGGCAGAAAACAUGAACCAGUCUAGUGGAGAAGUGUCCUUGGCUCCUCAAGGAAGAGGAUUGCCUUUCCUUUUUAAGUGCAUAUUGAAUGUUAAGAAGGAGAAUUCGGAUGUGUUGGUUGAGAUGCACUGUGUUGAGGGUCAGAACAGAGACUUAAUGAACCAACUCUGCACAUACCUUCGCAACCAGAUCUGUAGACUUGCUACCAGCUAGCCUGCCCAAAUCUGCUUUACGUUGCCUACAACUGAGAUCUCUCUUUGUACUUUAAAUUCCUGUCAUUUUACAUACUUUUUUCUUGCCUUUUAAAACCCUUCAUUCCCUCCUCAUAUAUCAUUUGGGAAUACACCUUUUUGUGAAAUGGCGGUUCUUUAUGGUGAUGGCAGAUUUCUAGCAGUUGUAGCCUUAAUUUCAGCUAAAGUAGAUAAUCCCAGACUGCUAAAUCUUUGUAGGGCCUCAUCUGGAUAAUACGAGCUGAUACUGAUACCUUUAGCCAUGCUCCUCAGAGUACCACUUCUGUGGAUUUCUUUAUUACUACAGCCAAAGAGUUUCACGUUAUAGUGGCAUUUGGGCUACAAUCAUUUUUGUCUGAAGCAUCAAAUAAGAGGCAGUGGUUAGGAAGAAAACAGAAGUGAGUGCUAAAUCAUUCAGUUCCAAAAAAAAAAAAAUCUGUUGCAGAAACUGACACCCUAUUGAGGUUUUUCUUUAUCAUUUGUUAUUUUAAGCUGAACAGGUCAUUUAUCUUUUAACUCGCUUUUUAAUUAAAACAUUUAAUUUUAUUUACAUUUGA